AAAGUUCGGUUUGAUUGAUGGCAAUCAGGGUUAUCUGCUAUGAGAGGUUCCUAUAUUUGAGCUCGAGCCACCAUUACCGUUUGAUCUUAUGACAUGAUUAGAUGUCACACUUUCCUCAGAUCAAUCACAAGAAAAGGUACUCGCAAGGUUACGUACAAGUCUAGUAUCUCCAAACUCGGCUUUCAUGAUUGGAUCACGAGAUAUGUUGCUUGCCUUGGAAUUGGCACUAAUAAUGAAGCUGACUUUUGGGCAAUAAAGAUUGGACUUGAGUUAGAUGGUUGAUCCGACCUCUCAGUGAGCUACAAACCUAGUAUGUUCGUUAUGAAGGCAAAUGUAUUCCAGAUGGUGCUGAAAUGAAGGAACCCUGACUGUUUUUGAUUUUGUACCUAAUUGUUGUCUGGCUUUAUUUUCCCAUGAUAUAGCUAGAUCUUUUUUGUAUCGAAUUACUUAGUCAGAUUUACUUAUAGUCAGAUUUAAUUUAUGAAGUGCAAUUUCCUUUUUGUACAAAAACAAAAAAUAAAAAACUUGACUUAAU